AACAGAAGUCAGAGUAAUAGCAAAAGUGACCACACGCACUUCCUUAAGAUCUUGUUUUCGGUCUCUCCCAUCCUGCACUGGCCGAGAUCAGAUCGGCUCCAUGGGACACUUGAAAUCGAACCCGAGAGGAGAAUUGCCUAGUACUGCUUAACUAGAUGGAGGAUUUAGCCAGUGGCCAAGAUGGGCAACCUGAAUUUCAAAGCUCAGUACAAGGAGGCACCCCGAGUGCUUAUAAUGGGCCUGGACUCUGCCGGUAAGACCACCCUCCUCUACAAACUGAAGAACAACCAACACGUGGAGACCUACCCCACUGUGGGCUUUAAUGUUGAGUCUUUGGAGGCAUCAAAGUAUGGGUCCCUGACUCUUUGGGAUGUGGGGGGUCAGGACCAACUUCGGUCCAGCUGGAAGGACUAUUUAGAGGAUACUGACUCCCUCCUCUAUGUGCUGGAUAGUACAGAUGAAGAACGGCUGCCUGAGGCUAUGGUGGAGCUGGAAAAUGUCCUGAAUAAUGCUCACAUGGCUGGUGUCCCUUUCUUGAUCUUAGCCAAUAAGCAAGAGGUGCCAGGGGCCCUGUCUCUGCCGGAGAUUAGGGAUAGGAUGCGUCUGGAACGAUUCAGUGAUCGGUGUUGGGAGCUUCGGGGCUGCAGUGCCCUUACAGGUGAGGGGCUGAAAGAAGCUCAGCUAGCCCUGGAGAGACUUCUUGAGUCCCGAAAGCAGAUAUGCCCUUACAGUAUGAGAGUGAACGGAGAAAGGAAGAAGUCAUGACUGAUUAGGAAUAUUGCUGACUAAAAACUGGGCAAACAGUAACCUUGUAAAGUUGAGAACUCUGAUCAACACAAUAAUCAAUCACUUUUCCAGUAGAUCAAUGAUGAUUUAAAAAAAAAUCCUAUGUCCUUUAGGCAGAGAACUGAUAUUCUAAAUAUACAGAAAGAAAACAUUUUUUGAAACAGCCAAUAUGAUAAAUUGUUUUAUUUAACUAUGAAUAUUUAUGAUAAGUGUUUUGGUUUUCUUAGCCGCCCCCACCUUUUUUCCAGUAGGGAGGGGGAAGUGGGAAGGAGAGAAUCUCUGUAAAUGAAAAAAACUCACAAAACUUAAAAAAAAAAAAAAAAAAGCUGGGGAACCAAUUAAUCAUUAAUAAGUCUGACUAUAUCAGUUUAUCAGUCAAGAAAUUCCCCUGUUCCUAGAGAUCAUAUUUGUUUUCACAAUAACUUACUCUCACUUGAAUUUCUAAAGCAUCCAGAAUAUAACAAUACAAUCAGUAAUAAUAAUCUUCCACCAUCUUCUACACUAAAACAACCAUUUUCCCAAUUGGUUCUUUAAUUUCACCAUUUACAAAUUAAGGUGCUUUCAGUUUUGCUUUUCUUUUCAUGCAUUGUAAGUUCAUGAAGUUUGGAAUAGGAGACAUCAGAUUUUCCCUGAAACAACAGCUUUAUGCUCCCUACAUUUUCAAAUCCAUCAAACCAAUGUAAGAUCUUUUAAAAUUUUCCCUUAGUGGCUUUUUGGACUUCUAGUUAACUAGCUUCUUGUUACUACUGGACUUAAACCUUCUAUUGUAGUUACCACUGGAGGAAGAUGGCUGGAGUACAUCAUAGUGAUCCUUAAUAUGAGCAAACUCUUACUAAUUAGGUGCUCUGGGGAGUUGCAAAAAUAUUGGGCAUGAGGCAGAAUGGAGUCUAACAGCAUUUUAAGAAGAUGGCCAGAGUACCAGAUAACUUCCAAGGUCUCUUCCAGUUCUGUAGCUGGGUGCUUAACCUAGCCAUUUUCUCUUUAAACUUCAAGGCAAUUAAUUGAUCUUACAGCUUCUUUUUUCUUUCUUUCUUUUUCAGUUUUCAACAUUUACUUUUAUAAGAUUUUGAUUUCCAUUUUUUCCCUCCCUUCCUUUCCUUCCUUUCCCCUCAUCAAGAUGGCAAGCAAUCUGAUAUAGAUUAUACAUGUACAAUCAUAUUAAAUAUAUUUCCACAUUAGUCAUGUUAUGAAAGAAGAAUCAGAACAAAAUGGAAAAACCAUGGAUCUCACAGUUUCAUAUUUGUCCUUCCUCCAUGCUUUUUUGGAGAGCUAGUGAUGCCAAAUAAUUCUUAAUUUAUAAUUCAUAAACUCAGAGCCCCCAGACAAAGAAAGAUUUUUUUUUCCUUAAUCACUAAGCAAAGAUCAGCUUCUGUGAUUCUGAGAAAGUCUCAUUGAGCCACUGCUUUUCCCCUUAACAAUUUCUUUAUAGAUGAUGAAUUCAACAAAAGUCAAUAUAUAUUAAUCUGAAAAAAAAUCCAUCAUAAAAGGACACAAAACAAAUACACAAAGUUUAAAAAGAGUAGAUAAUUCCAAGAUGAUAAAAAAUGAUGGCUCUUUAAGUGGGAGACAAGUGGAAGAACUAGAGAAUAGAUAAAAUAACUAGGUCCCAGAAAUGCUAUACAACAGGCACAUUCAAGCAAAUGACAAGUUUUUUUCAUGCAGAUAACUUUGUAAGAGGAUUCAUGAGGAUCUGAUGGCUCUGGUGGCAGUCCUAGUCAAUUCAGGGUGGCAGUUCGAUUUCCUUUCAACUCCUAUUGCAUACUUUUAUCUUAAAUCCCUUUCCACAGAGCGUCAAUGUUUACAAGUUUCCAUAUUCCACAUAGCAACUGCUUUUCAGUAACCUUUUAGUCUCUCCUUUUAACUGGCAAGGCUAUACUUCCCAGGUGUUCCCUUUCAAUUCCACUUCUUGAAUACAAAUAUGCUGUGUGAUCCUAGACAAGUCACUUAUAGUCUUAGUACCAAAGGCACUUCUCUAAAAUUACAAGUGAUUGAAACCCAAGAUUUUGCAAGGGUUAAUGUUGAAAAAUUAUCCAUGCAUAUGUUUUGAAAAUAAAAAGUUUUAACAAAAAAUUAAAAAUGGAAAAAAAUAAAAUAAAAUUACAAGUGAAGGAAAAGGUACAUAUCCUCUUGAUAGAAGAAACUUCAGUACUUCUCAAUAUUAAUUAAAUCAUGGGACCACUUUAAAAACAAUUGGGGGAAUGCCUCUACUUACAGUAAUAAUGAGGAUCAUAUUCUGAGUUAGGGUUUGGAAAUGUAUGCUGGGCCAUGUUACAACUUUGAGCUUGAGGAUCUCUAGACCUUUCUUCAUAGCUUUUUACUUCUCCUUUUCUUUAUAGAAGCUCAUAAGAUUCAUGAAACUGUUUAGAUCUCCUUUCCUUUCAACAAAGUGAAUCUCUCUAGAGGGAAGACAGAAAGAGGAUCACGUGUGAGAAAUUCUGAAGAUUAAUUGGAUAACAGAAUUCCUUCUUUUCUUGAAAUAGCAGUAGUCAAAGAAACAACACAAGAUCCUAAUUGGAAGAGAAAUUAAAGAUCCUAUAUAGGCUGACUUUCCUUUUUUCUGACAGGCAGUUUGAAUGAAGAUUUUUUUUUCUCUCUUUUCAUUCCCUUCUAGAAGGAAAAAAAUAACCUGAUGAUUUAAGAAUUUGGAUAUAGGUAUGAAGGCAGCUUUAUUUUCUGAUGAUUUACUUAUAACUGAAUAUGUUCAGCUACAGACCCCUUAGGGAGUAAUAUUCUACAAUUUAAUUUCUAAAAUGUACCUAAUUUAAUUAAAUAAUUCAGUUCCAAUCAGAA